AGUAAUAAUAUAAGUUAAACUUUUUAAGACUAUGUUGUGGCUACGUUUGACCGCUAUUGUUCUACUCUUUUAUAUUGUUUCAACAUUAGCAGCGAGUCCUUGGCAAAAACCUGGCUGUCAUCGGGUGGGCAAUACUCGGAAAAUUAAAAUUCCGAAUUGUGUUGAAUUUCAUAUUACGACAAAUGCAUGUCGUGGAUUUUGUGAAUCUUAUGCUGUGCCUUCGAUACCUUGGAGUAAUUAUGUAAAACCAAAUAAGCCAGUUGUAUCGGUUGGUCAGUGCUGUAGUAUGAUGGAAUCGGAAGAUGUUCAUCAACGUGUACUAUGUUUGGGUGGCAUGAAACAAUUCACAUUUAAAUCGGCCCUAAGUUGCAGUUGUUACGAGUGCAAAGUGCACUAAGCAAAAACGAAUAUGAAGCUUUCUCACACCAAAACAACGUUUUGUUUUUUAAUGCAUUCCUCCCUCGAGUCUCUUUGGUUUUUAUUUAAAUGAUAUGUUUAUGAUUUGAAGCAAGAGAACAAAUAAAAUAAAUGUUACAAGCAAACUUA